CUACCACGAACAUUGUUGUGGAGUGACGUCAGCCCCAGACGAUGCGGGCGGCCAUUACUGUUGGCUGUGUGAUUCCCUGAAGCCAUCUGAGGAGAGGGGAAGAAGGCCAUGGCCAGGACCACUAGCCAAGUGUAUGAUGCUAUGCCUAUUCAGUCCAACGUGGUCAUGUGCUCCUGCCCAUCUCCUUCAUUAGUGAUUAACUCUGACUCCAGCUCUCCAGCAACUCUAGCAACUUGCAGCAGCCAAGCAGGUUCCACCAGUGAAUCGAAAACCACAGACUUCAGGCCCAGUUCAGACACCGAGCAGAACACCGGGCAACAACAAACACAACAGCCUCGAAAGAAACGUCCGCAAGACUUUAAGUUUGGCAAGAUCCUUGGUGAAGGGUCCUUCUCGACAGUUGUUUUGGCUAAAGAGGUAGCAACAGGAAGAGAGUUUGCCAUUAAAAUUUUACAGAAGCGUCAUAUUGUAAAGGAGAAUAAGGUACCUUAUGUGACGAGGGAAAGAGAUGUGAUGUCACGUCUGGACCACCCGUUCUUCGUCAAACUCUACUUCACAUUUCAAGAUGUUGAGAAACUGUAUUUUGGCCUCAGUUACGCUAAGAAUGGUGAACUACUGAAAUACAUAAGGAAGAUCGGCUCAUUCGAUGAAACAUGCACAAGGUUUUACACUGCUGAAAUGGUGUGCGCUUUAGAAUAUUUACAUGAUAAGGGAAUUAUUCACAGAGACCUAAAACCUGAGAACAUUUUACUUAGUGAAGACAUGCAUAUUCAAAUUACAGACUUUGGAACAGCAAAGGUCUUAUCGUCUGACACCAGGCAAGCACGAGCAAAUUCGUUUGUGGGGACAGCGCAAUAUGUGUCACCAGAACUUCUCACAGAGAAAUCUGCUUGCAAGAGCUCGGACCUCUGGGCACUGGGCUGUAUUGUAUAUCAAUUAGUAGCCGGACUACCACCAUUCAGAGCUGGAAAUGAAUAUCUUAUAUUCCAGAAGAUAAUAAAGCUGGAGUAUGACUUCCCAGAAAAAUUCUUCCCUAGAGCAAAAGACCUUGUGGAAAAGCUUCUGGUCCAAGAACCUAUUAAACGAUUAGGCUGUGAAGAAUCGGGAGGCUUUGGCCCCCUCAAGGCCCAUUCGUUUUUUGAUGGCAUCACGUGGCAGGACCUGCACCUUCAGACACCUCCAAAACUCACAGCUUAUUUACCUGCAAUGGCUGAAGACGAUGAAGAAUUCUAUGGAAAUUAUGAUGAUCUUCUGAGUCAGUUUGGAAGUAUGCAAGUAGCCUUGUCUGUAUCGCCCCAAACACUGCUAACACCAGAACCCAUUCAGCCGAAGCGGUCUGGCAGUAACAUAGAACAGUACAUCCACGACAUUGAUAAUAAUUCUUUUGAACUUGAUCUACAGUUCUCAGAGGAAGAAAAACGGCUACUGCUAGAAAAACAAACCGGAGGAAACCAGUGGCACCAGUUUGUAGAAAAUAAUUUAAUCCUAAAAAUGGGUCCAGUAGAUAAACGAAAGGGGCUGUUUGCUCGCCGACGUCAGCUGCUUCUUACAGAGGGUCCACACCUAUAUUAUGUGGAUCCAGUAAACAAAGUCCUGAAAGGAGAGAUUCCAUGGUCACAGGAACUGCGCCCAGAGGCCAAGAACUUUAAAACAUUUUUUGUUCAUACUCCUAACCGAACAUAUUACCUGAUGGACCCCAGUGGAAACGCUCACAAGUGGUGUAAAAAGAUUCAGGAAGUGUGGCGGCACAGAUACCAGAAUCACCAAAACAGCAGCAUGUAGCAUUUGCGUCUCUUCCACGUCCUGCAAGCUUCCCUCAUGCUGCUAGACUCCCUGAUUCAACAGAUGAGCUUUACAUAGCAGAACAGACGAGAGAACCCUUCUCCACUCACCCAAACCACCAUCUCUCCGUGACAAAUCAUACCGUCAGAAAUCGACAUAGAGUGAAGAAAAAAAAAAUUACAAAAAACACACGAAGACAAACAUGGACAUUAAUGGAAUCCAGGGUUUACCUUGGUUCUUCUCUGUGCUUCUGUUGAGUUACAACAUGCAUAUCGUUGCUGUGGUGAUUUUGCUUUUGUGCACACCAGCUCUAUAUCUUCUGCAACCUAGUGGGUAGGCCUUGUUAUGCCAGCUUUAACGUACAGUCGGUAGAAACACAGAUCGUCGUACUUGUGCACACAUUGACAAACUCAUAUACUGUAGUCUGUGGGACCUUCCUCUUGCCUAUUUUAGUUAUUUUUUUCCGGUUUGCCAGUGAAAUUAGUUUUUGGUCAGGAAGCUUUACAAACCUAUACAAUACUGCAAGGUAGAACAUAGCAGUCUUGUAAUGGUGUAUCCACUGCCCGGUGGUGCAAGGAAAACCAGUUCUGCUCUUUACUUAUGUUUUUUUUUUUGUUUUGUUUUUUAAAUGGUGCAUUCAGUAAGGUGAGAUGUACAAUUAGUAAACUUAUCGUCACCGGUUCUACGUGGUACUUGUAGUUGUGUUUGUUCAGGAACGGUGCACCUGUCAACACAGAGUUUAAAUAACAAGAAUCAGGCUGCAGAGGAAAUAUGUUGACGUAAACACUGACUAUAGAGUUAUAUACAUUUUAUAUAUAUAUAAAUAUAUAUAUACAUAUAUAUUUAAUAGUAAAAAAAAGUUAUCUGAAUUUUUAUCCUCAGUUUGAUAGAACCCUUUUUAAAUCCAUCACAAGAAAAACAUUGUUGCAGGAUAAUUUGUAUGGAGUAAAGUAUUUUUUCCUCCAUAUUUGCCUAGCAAACAAAAGGAAUGAAAGGGUUCCACACAAAUGCCUAAAGCUCACAUUUCAGCUCUGGGUGUGGAAGUUGGGGACAUUGAUCACGCACAUUUCCUAUGCCCCAUAGAGAUUUAUUGCAUUGACAUCUCCCUGCCACCAUUGGAAGAAUAUCACUCUUUGUGUAGGGUGAUCUUUAAUGUAAAAACUUCCAGCGGGGAGAGUGAGACCACUUGUACCGACAGUGACAGGUGGGCGGAGCUAGGAACUGGGAUGCAUAAUCUUGCAGCUCAAGCCUAUGGGAGAUACAAGCUAAAAGCCUAUUUAUUUUGCCUACACCAGUUUCGGGUGGCCUGACCUUUUAAUUUGUGGAUAUUAGUAGGCUUAGUUUUAUGUGAAAAGGGAAGGAAAAGACUGUUCCACGGAUUACACUUCAAUUUGCCCACAGAAAGUUGUCUUAGCAUAGAGCUGUGUUUGCCUGCUGCUAUUUCAACCAUUUUUUUUUUUUUUUUUUGCUUUUUAAAACCAUAAUUAUACAAAGGCCACAAAUGCGUUAACGGACCGGUCAGAAUUAAUGGUACUCGUCAUAUACCAAACUGGUAGUUCACGAAAGACUUCUGUUUGGUGGUCAAAAACAUUUCGUCAUUUCUGUAUGAAAGCAAAAGGCCUAAACUGUCAUUUAUUAUAUAGGGAACCUAAAAAGCACCUGUUGCAUGCACACAGUGGGGGCUUUCAUAUUGCAGGUCAAGCCAGUACUUUUUAUACAUUUAAAAGGUUUAUUAGAAACUGGUGACUACUCACAAGGAAAUUCAUAAUACAGUUCCUGACUGAUACUUGUGGAGCAAUAACUUUUAAGUGAAUCAAUUUAUAAAAUGUCCAAUAGAACUGGCUCUGUUCUUCCUCUUCGCAACCAACCAACCAACUUCUAUUUCCAGACUGCCCUAUCAACAGAAAAA